GCGCUCCCGUCGGACCGUGAACGCGAGCUCCGUGCGCGCCCCCGUCUUCUGAAGGCGAAUGCGGUAGCCUACGAAAAAACAAGCAGGCAGCGGCGGAGAGCGAGACAAGACGAGCUCGGUGUACCUCCACAUCGCAAGACCGUAUUCUUGGGAGCGGAAAAUUUCACGCCCUGUCGGGUCGUGUUACCGUUGGAGACGGCUGAGGAUAUUCACGGGCACAAACAAAAGAAUGCAGUGUAGACUUGGCUGGUGACUGGUCUGCAGGCUCUCCACUUCUCUUGUCCCUGGAGUCAGGCAGUUCAAGGGGGGGCAGAUUCCUGCGUUCCCCUUCUCUCAGUCUGAGUCUUUUUCUGUCUGGACGGAACCCAACUGCCCACCAAUUGGAGUACACGGCUCGUCCUCGCCCGUGUUGCUUGGAUCAGCACAGCUCAUCUCCUGACCGAGGAGAGCGCAGCAGCUGCACAAGAUUCACCUUCGAACAACUGAUCCCGGCCCCGCCCACAUUGCCCCGUCACCAUGGUGCUGUCACAGAGGCAACGAGAUGAACUAAAUCGAGCGAUAGCCGAUUAUCUACGUUCCAAUGGAUAUGAAGAGGCAUAUUCCACUUUCAAGAAGGAGGCGGAAUUAGAUAAUAAUGAAGAAUUGGAUAAGAAGUACGCCGGCCUUUUGGAAAAAAAAUGGACUUCAGUCAUCAGAUUACAAAAGAAGGUGAUGGAACUUGAAUCCAAACUGAAUGAAGCUAAAGAGGAGAUCACUCUGGGUGGGCCCGUAAGUCAGAAGUGUGACCCCAAAGAGUGGAUUCCACGCCCACCAGAAAGGUACGCACUGAGUGGCCACCGCAGUCCAGUCACCCGCGUCAUCUUUCACCCGGUCUUCAGUGUCAUGGUGUCGGCUUCUGAGGAUGCAACAAUAAAGGUGUGGGACUAUGAAACAGGAGACUUUGAACGCACACUGAAGGGCCACACAGACUCGGUCCAGGAUAUCUCUUUUGACCAGACCGGCAAACUGCUAGCAUCCUGCUCUGCAGACAUGACUAUCAAGCUGUGGGAUUUCCAAGGCUUUGAGUGCAUCAGGACCAUGCAUGGACAUGACCACAAUGUUUCGUCUGUAGCCAUCAUGCCCAAUGGAGAUCACAUCGUUUCUGCCUCGAGGGACAAAACCAUAAAAAUGUGGGAGGUGGCGACUGGCUACUGUGUGAAGACCUUCACAGGCCACAGGGAGUGGGUCCGCAUGGUGCGACCCAACCAGGACGGCACACUGAUCGCCAGCUGCUCCAACGACCAAACGGUGCGCGUGUGGGUUGUGGCCUCCAAAGAGUGCAAGGCUGAGCUGCGAGAGCACGAACAUGUGGUGGAGUGCAUCUCCUGGGCACCAGAGAGCGCCUACCCGACCAUCCAAGACGCCACAGGCUCAGAGUCCAAGAAGAGUGGGAAGCCUGGCCCCUUCCUGCUGUCUGGCUCCAGAGACAAAACCAUCAAGAUGUGGGAUGUUAGCAUUGGCAUGUGCCUUAUGACACUGGUUGGCCAUGACAACUGGGUGCGUGGUAUCCUCUUCCACCCCGGAGGCAAGUUUAUUGUGACCUGUGCGGAUGAUAAGACCUUAAGGAUCUGGGACUACAAGAACAAGCGCUGCAUGAAAACCCUGUGUGCCCACGAACACUUUGUUACCUCUCUGGAUUUCCACAAGGCCGCUCCCUACGUGGUCACUGGGAGUGUAGAUCAAACAGUAAAAGUGUGGGAGUGCCGCUGAUUUGGACCUUGGAGGAUUGGACCACCAUCCCCAAUUACCCAGGCGCUCCUCUGGAUCCCACCUCCCUCCUUCCCUCCCUCCUGCCAUCCCACCUCCCCUUUCAUCCCGCCUUCCCUCUCCCUCCUCCCCCGUCACCUAAACCACACCCGCACAUCAUCAUCUCCUCCGGCUGCACUUACCACCAUGGUUAUUUACCCAUCGCUCUCUCUGGUCCAAUAACUAUUGUCCUUCUAUGUAAAUUAUUCCUGGAUGUAGAUCGAGCUAUUAAAUGUUACACAAAAAAGUAUUCUUGCAUGGUAAUCCAAAAUUGUAUACUGUAAAUUUACAUAACGUCUAGAAGUACCAUAGGUUUACCACGGGGCUGGCCGUCUGUCACGCAGCCUUUCCGACCAACCGAAGGCAGAUGUUUUUGACUGGGUGUAAAAUGUAGGGCACUAAAAACCGAUAAUUUAAGAAAUGACAGUGUCUUUAUGUGUAAGAUUUAUUUUUGUCUAUUUUUUUAUUUUAGGAUUUUUUUUUCUCUCUCUCUGUUAUUUCUCUCCUUCACUGUCUGUAGUCUGUUGGUGCCUAGCUUGGUGAAACUUUUUCGAGAGAUAAGGCAGGAAAAGCAUAUACGAUGCGAUAAGAUGCGAUUGUCUGUGGGGCUUUGUUAUUGAAAUAAUCCGUAGCUUUAUAACAUCACUUCUCAAGUGUGCAUACCAUUUCUCUUCAUGUGGAACUAGGUAAUAUUUUAAUGGCUGUAUAUACGAAUGUUUCAAACUGUUGUCCUUGGACCCCGGGGGCUUGAAAAAAAACAAAAAAAAACAAAAACAGCUUUGUACUCUUGUCUUGGUGGCACAUGAACCACUGCUAGGCUUUAGAUAAAUUAUCCCAUUUAUUGAAUCUGCAGAGAAGAAUUUAAGAAAAAGUUGUUUGACGUGGCUUGGUGACAAGAAGCCUGAAAGUUUGUUUGGCUUUCGCUGUCAGAGUCACGGCUAACACCUGAGCAGAGUUCAGAGAUUACACCUGCUUAAUCUCUAGCACUUGAUAAAGACCUCGGGCGUGUCUCGUCUUUAGGAGAAGAUUUCCUGUGACCUUGCAUGUCAGACUUUUGUUGAACUCAAGCCUCCGUCUCGGCAUGGUUUGGUGUACUAUAGUCAGAUGGCGCUCAAGUCGUCCCACGGCGCCUCUGAAGACUUACAGACACGAGCCUCGAGUGAAAUAAACCCGCUAAAGAGAAACAAGUCACGAUGAGGAGUCAAAGUGAGCCCCCAGGGUUUGAUAUCUGGGAUGUGCAAAGAUCUCAAAUUUCUGAGGGGUGACAUAUGUUCUGCUUAAUAAAACAUGGUUUUGAGUAAAAAAGAAAAUAAAAAAGAAAUCAGUUUUCUGUGAAAAUAUGAAAUGUAAAUUUAGCUUGUUAUUAAGAGAUUUGGCAGUUUUGUAUUAUCGCACUAAAGGAUGAACUGGAUGGGAAUUUAGAGUUAGCGAGGGAAUGCGAGCAGCAGACAUGCAAAGUGAUCUGUCGAUGAUGUUUGUCUGUAGAGGGGUCGGACGCUGAUUUUGUUUUUGGUUGUCAUGGUUUCAAAAUAAAUAAAAAAAAUAAAUAAAAAGUGGUGUGGCAGCUCCUGGAUCAGAUCAGCAAGGAUCUCUACAGACAAACCCCCCCACAGACGCAUGCAAACCUCUUGUGAGUGGCUUUCCUCAAACUGUAAAGAAAGACUGGAAAAUACCUGCGAACCAGUCCACGCUGUAGAAACGGACCAUUCCACUCCCCUCGGAGGACAAAAAAAAAAGAAUGAAACAUCUUGCUUCUUUCUAACUGUAGCUGACAAGGUGAUUCAUUAAAUCUUGCACAUCCCUGUUUUCACUAAAUCUUUGGUCGUUUAAUGACGAUCGGAGACAACAUUAAAAGUUAAAUGAUGUUGAUAAAUGCAUAAACCUAUAAUUUCUUAUUAGCCUUUUCAUUCCAAUGCAGUUCUCGGCUAAUAAAGAAUUCCACUGCUUAACUCGAUCUUCUUAUCUUUCGCUUCUUUGCCACAUUUUUUCUUUUUUUUUCCUCUUCCUGUGUGUACUGGAUGUGGUGAUCUGCUGCUCAAGCUCCUGCUAGUGGCUACUGUGAGCCUAAUGUGACCUGUCGAUGUAGCACUGCUGCAUGUAAACCUUCACCAGAGGCAGAGCUGUCGGAACAAUAUAAGCUUAAAAAUACUUGGGAGCCCUGCUAGUAAGAGACCCAAUUGGUUUGAAUAACAAGCUGAGAAAGUGUCUCUCUGUACUCAAAAGUAGUUAGAUAUUUUGGGAAAUGUGUUUAUUUGAGCUCUUGCUGGGAGUUAAAUGAGGAUAUCACUUAUAUUUGUGCAGUAAAUAUGAAGCUACAACUUAUCCGUAUGUCGUUUCAUGGAAAGUUGUGCUCAACUUUUUUAGAAAAUUGACUAAUGAAUCAAAAAUGUUCCCGGUUAAAUGAAACUCUUUGUAUUAGCUCGGACCAGUAGCUUGCUGGAGUCUCGCUGUUUCCCUACAGCUCUCUGAUGUUGGACAGACCCAUUUCCAAUUCCAAUAUUUUAGGGUACAAACAUGAGACGGCUGAAAUUCUCCACAGCAAGAAAACAAACGAGUGUGUUUCUCAAAGUGUCGACCUCUCUUAUAUUACUGUAUCCUUGGCUGGCAGGCUCAGUGGGUUCAGACACCUCUGUUGAUUGGUUGUAGAAAGGCUGGUUUUGUUGUGUGUGAUGCUAUUUGAAGGAGGUUCACCUCCUCUUCUGUAAAUGCAUUGGGAUUGUGGCAGACUAGGAUGUCCCAAAGGAGAAACCCGCUCUCUCUUUCAGGGAAUAUUACUCAUGUCUCCCUUUUGGUGUGUGCCCCCCUCUCUUUACAAAGGUCUUAUAUUUUUUAUUUCUACAAGCUGUUCUCUCUGUCCGAACUUUGGGCUUUGAGGAUCAGCUAAUUUUGUAGUAAAAAGAAAUUUGGCACAGCUGAUGAAGAUGCCGUUGUGUUAAAUGUUCUAGCUGAAGCCAAAAAUGGAGACAUUUGUCAGUACAAUCUGGUUCAGCUUCCCUUUGUUGGUCCAGCACUGUGUGACCAACGUCUGAAAACGAUGCUAGCCUUCUUCAGGAUCACGCUAUGACAUGCCAGACCAUAAAAUGUAAAUUUGAAAAAAAAAACGUCUUCCCUUCCUUGGUUUUACUCAAGGAAGGCGGCUAAUCAAAGGUCAGGACGAUGUGUGUUCUGUUUCUUUUGUAAGAAUCGGUGGAAAAAGGUACAACACAGUUGCUGGUGUUGCACUCAAGUCGAAGAAAAAUCCCCUUUUGCCAUUCACAGGUCCCAAGCAAUCCCUGUGCUGCUCUGGUCCGGUGUGUGAAGGGACCGACAGGCAUGUUUUUGACUGUCUGUGGGUCGUUUCCUCCGACCUCAAGACCAUCUGUCCUCUGUAAUCUGCCCGUGAACCACAUCAGAGGGCUUCAGACUGCACAACAAGCUCCUACAGGAGAGCUCAUGAUGUUUUCACCACUAUGGUCUCACUCUUCACUCGGCAAACUGUUAACAAUAUACCUGGAUGUCAUUAUUGUUUGCGAUAUAAUAAAAGAAAAAAAUCUG